CUUCCUGAAGGCAGCAGCCUCGGUGCCCCGGCCCAUCACCAGCCUGCAGACAUGGGGAGCCAGCAGGACUUCCGCAGCCUCCAAGCCAGGUUCCAGGCCUCUCAGCCCCAGCCCAGUGAACACCCCAGAAAACCGCCGAAGCCUGACUUCAACAGACUGAAGAGGUUUCCACCGCCUGAGCCAAGCGAGCAUCCCAGGAAGCCCCCGCAGCCCAAGUUCGCCAACCCCCCCAGGAAGCCCCCGCAGCCCGAGUUCACAGACCCCCCCAGGAAGCCCCCGCAGCCCGAGUUCACAGACCCCCCCAGGAAGCCCCCGCAGCCCGAGUUCACAGACCCCCCCAGGAAGCCCCCGCAGCCCGAGUUCGCAGACCCCCCCAGGAAGCCCCCGCAGCCCGAGUUCGCAGACCCCCCCAGGAAGCCCCCGCAGCCCGAGUUCACAGACCCCCCCAGGAAGCCCCCGCAGCCCGAGUUCGCAGACCCCCCCAGGAAGCCCCCGCAGCCCGAGUUCGCAGACCCCCCCAGGAAGCCCCCGCAGCCCGAGUUCGCAGACCCCCCCAGGAAGCCCCCGCAGCCCGAGUUCAGUGAUGUCUCCAAGAAGUUCUCACAGCUAGACAGGAAGUCCCCGCAGCCCAAGGUCGGUGAGAGCCCUCUGAGGUCCUCCCAGCCGGAGCCCAUCAACCCUGCCAGGCCCCUCUCAGAACCCAAAUUCAGCACCUUUCCCAAGAAGCCCCCGCAGCCUCAGGUCACCAGCCUCCCUCCAAAGCAGCGGCCGCAGCCCAAGGUCAGUGGCGUUCCUCCCACGCAGGAGGCCCACGAGCCCCGGCCCCGCUCCCCGCGGCCAGACUUCUUCACGUUGCCCAAGAAGCCCCCGCAGCCCGGGCUUGGGGAGCUCUCCAGGACGUCGUCGGAGCCCGAGGUCAGCGUGCUGCCCAAGAGGCCGCCGCAGCCCGAGCUCAGAGUGCCUUCCACAAAGCCCCCGCAGCCCAGGCUGGACAGCCUCUCCAGGACGUCCUCGGAACCCGAGUUCUGCUCACUGCCCAGGAAGAGUCUGCAGCCCCCACGGCCAGGGGGCCCCCGCAAGCUCUCGCAGCCGGAGCCCAGCGCUGCGUCCAGGCAGCACCUGCAGCCUGACUUCCUCACUGCACUCCCCAGGAAGCCUGCGCUCCCAGGCUCCGUCUCCGAGAGCUCGCUGCCCACGGCCAUUGCCGGCUCCCGUCCCCAGUUCCCGCUCAGCCCUGGGUUUGGAGUCCCUGGGAUACCCCGCUGGGGGUCUGAAGACCUCACUCACAAGGGAGGGUCAAGGUCAGGCCUCAGGGCCAGCCACCCACCCCGGAGGAGGCCUCUGCCUCCUGCCAGCAGCCUGGGACCCCCUCCAGCCAAGCCCCCGCUGCCCCCAGGCCCGAUGGACAUCCAGAGCUUUCGGAGACCAUCAGCUGCAGCCACAGAUCUCCAAAGGACAGGCUCUCCUGCUGGGACCCCCUUCCGGGCAGACACCAAGCCGGAGCCCGAGUACAUCUACGAGCUUUACGACAACGUGGAGCCUGCCGACCUCGCCGACCUCGGCGGCCCGGGCCCCAGGCCAAGUCACAGGCCAGCCACACCAGCUGCUGUGCCCCUAGGUGACACGUCACCCACCCAGACUGCUGCCAGGAGGCCACCUGCAGACGGAGCGCUCAGGGAGGAGAGGGCCCCCCAGUCGCAUGUGUCACUGCCCACGGACCCGAAGCUGCUGAAGCAGAUCAGGAAGGCUGAGAAAGCCGAGAAGGAGUUCCGGAAGAAGUUCAAGUUUGAAGGGGAGAUUGUGGUUCACACAAGGAUGAUGAUAGACCCCAAUGCGAAGACCCGGCGUGGUGGGGGCAGACACCUGGGGAUCCGGCGCGGGGAGAUCCUGGAGGUGAUCGAGUUCACCAGCCAGGAGGAGAUGCUGUGCCGGAACCCCAAGGGCAAGUAUGGCUACGUGCCCAGAACCGCUCUGCUGCCCCUGGAAACGGAGGUGUAUGACGACGUUGGAGUCUGGGACCCUCUGGAGAGCCACCCAUUCCUCCGGGGACAGUAAAGCCGACAGGUGUGGACACCUAGGACAGGCCAGCAGCCUAGCCACCCACUCAGGAGCCCUGGACCUCGCCUCAACAGACGUCCGCCCACAUA